AUGGAUAUUCUCAAGACUUUGGCACCGCUCGCCAUAAAGGAAGCCACAGCUUAUCUUUCAAAGAGAUCAUCUUCCCCAACAACUGAAUUAGCCAAGGCAGCAGCUGAAGGAAAUGUUAGUGCUGUCAAAAGUAUCCUCUCUCAAGAUCAUCAGAUAGAUCUGGCACCAGCACUCGUCGCCGCUGCUAGUGCUGGGAAAAUGGAGGUUCUCGAUAUUCUCAUAGAUCCUCCACGUCGUCCAAAAUCAGAAAAUUCCCGCCACAAGGAGAAAAUAAAGCCAACAGACGUGAAUGUGUGGUCACAACAUAUCACACCUCUCAUAGCUGCGGUACAGACACAUCAUGUGAAAACCACAGAUUUGUUACUAGAUGCUGGAGCUGACACUUCAUUGGCACCAAAAGGUGGAGAGACUGUUCUUCAUAUCGCAUCGAGAAUUGGAGAUUUAGAAAUGGUGAAACUUUUGGUGGAAUAUGAAGCGGAUUUGGAGGCUAGAGAUGGUUGGGGUAACACACCACUUCUUUCUUCCGCUAGAUGGGGCCAUCCGCAUACCAUUAAACAUUUACUGGCAAAGGGAGCAGAUAUUGAGGCCAAGGACUUAAAGGGCUCAACAGCAUUGUUGCUGGCAUGCAGGCAUGAUUGUGUUGAAGCCGUGAAGACUUUGAUUAAUAGUGGUGCAAAUGUGGGAGUUCGAGACAAGGAAGGGAGAGGCGCAUUACAUCGAGCGAUCGCUGGAGUUGACUUCAUUGAGGGUAUAGAUGCCAAAGUGAAAGAAGAUAUUGUAAGGUUAUUGAUAAAUGCAGGUGCAGAUCCAAGGGUGAGAGAUAAGGAAGGGAAAAGGCCUACAGAUAUGGUAGGAUUUUUGAGGGGUGGAGAUCGAGUGAGGCGUUUGUUAAGUCCGGGAAGCACACCCCAUUCCAGAGGAAGGACGCCGGCACAUAGUAGACAUGGGAGUCGGACAGGAUCUCCUUAUGUUGAUGGAUCUCGGCAUUCUCACGAGGUUGGUGGUAGUUAUAGGAGAGACAGACUUGGGUCUCCUUUGGCAGCUGGGGAUAUGGUUGAUGGUUAUGAUCGGGACUAA